GCGCCCUCCAGUCUGUGUGUAGUAAUCCGGAGCCGUGGAGCUGAGCUAGACAUGGCGGCGGACCCGAAGCCGGACUGGCUCUCCUGCCUUCCCUCUUCUUGGAGUUACGGGGUGACUCGGGAUGGACGCAUUUUCUUCAUCAACGAAGAAGCCAAGAGUACGACCUGGCUGCAUCCUGUUACUGGGGAGGCUGUGAUCACGGGACACAGGAAAACUCCAGAUUUACCAACAGGAUGGGAGGAAGGAUACACGUUUGAGGGAGCUCGCUGCUUCAUCAACCACAAUGAACGGAAGGUGACCUGUAAACACCCCGUGUCAGGCGUCCCGUCCCAAGACAACUGCAUCUUUGUCGUAAAUGAACACGUGAAUUGUGGAAAGUUUGUCCAGGCUGACAGAGAGGCUCUGAGCAGGCCGGCUCCGAAGUCUUCAUCUGAACAGGGGAGCAGUGCUGACAAGAAAGAACGUCCCAUGAGCAUCAUGAGUGAGGCCUCAAACUACACUGGUGGCUCCGAUUACAGCACCUUCCCUGGCAGCCCGGCCACUACCAUCACUACUGCCACCACCACCUCCACCUCCUCUACAAGGCCUUCUAGAUCAUCCAAAAAGAUCCACAACUUUGGAAAGAGGUCCAACUCCAUUAAGAGGAACCUUGGUGCUCCAGUGGUGAAGAGUAACUGGCUCUACAAACAGGACAGCACAGGCAUGAAGCUGUGGAAGAAGAGGUGGUUUGUUCUGUCCGACAUGUGCCUGUUCUACUACCGUGAUGAGAAGGAGGACAGCAUCCUGGGAAGUAUCCUGCUGCCCAGCUUUCACAUCUCCAUGCUGUCAGUGGAUGACCACAUCAGCAGGAAAUAUGCCUUCAAGGCCACCCAUCCCAACAUGAGGACGUAUUACUUCUGCACUGACACAGCCAAAGAGAUGGAGUCCUGGAUGAAGGUCAUGACGGAUGCUGCUCUCGUCCACACUGAACCCGUCCGAAGACUGGACAAGUUGAAAGUGGACCACCAGACACCUCAGGAGCUGAACAACCUGCUGAACCACAGGGUUCUGACCCGGCCCGAGAUCCAGAACAAUGAACGCAAUAGAGAACCUGUACGGCAGCAGUCCCUGUCACGGGCCGAUGACAAACGACACAAAGAUGGAGAGAAGAGGGAGUACUACACGUUACAGAGAGAUGGUGAGAAGUACUCACUGAAGAAGGAUGGAGUCAGCUACAUGUUGCAGAAGGAUGGAGAGAGGUAUCUCCUCCACAAAGAUGGAGAGAAGUACCUGCUACGGAAGGAUGGAGAGAAGUACUCACUGCAGAAAGAUGGGGAGGUGUAUGCAAUCCACCAGGAUCUGGAGAAAUACGCUGUUCAGAAAGUGGACAAUAAGUACACCGUGACGCCGACGGAGGAGAAAUACGCUCCUGCUAAAGAUGGAGAGAAGUACCUGCUCACCAAGGAUGGAGAGAAGUACGCCCUACAGAAGGUGGGCGACAGGCACACGCUGCAGAAAGAUGGACAGAGAUACCUUCCUCAGAAGGAGGUGAAGAGACAGCUGUCGCUGAAGGAGACGGAGAGGUACGGCACCAUGAGGGAGAACAAAUAUGGAACCGUCCACAUUGUGGACAAAUACGGGACUCUGAAGGAGGUCAGGAAGUACAGCACGCUGCGAGAGGGGGAUAAGUACGCCACUCUGACAGACAGAGAGAAAUACGCCACGCUUCGAGAAGGGGACAAGUUUGGUUUCCACAGAGACCCGAGUGCAGAGAGGUCUGUGACUAAAAUCAGCAGCAUCCAGCUGCAGCCAGCUCAGGCUGCAGCCAUCGCAGCCACAGUGUCCGCAUCACGCCAGAGUCAGGCCAGCAUCAGCACCCAGAAGCCCGCUCAGGUCAGCGGGUCCAGAUCCGGGACAACGGAGCAGCAGGGAGACUGCAGUCAGGCUACGGUGGAUGGUGGUCUGUCCAGGGCUCCAGUAACGUCCCCAGCUCCAGUCCAGGAGCCAGAGAGCGGCCUGUCCAGGACAGGGUCCACGCAGCAGCUGGAGCAGUGGGUCCGCACACACAGGACCAGAGGACUGGACGAAGACACCAGGAGUGUGAUGUCCUACCAGACCUUACCCAGAAACAUGCCUAGCCACCGUGCACAGAUGGUGCCCCGCUACCCUGAAGGCUAUCGCACACUUCCUCGUAACGCCAUGAUCAGGCCUGACAGUAUCUGCAGCGUAGCGGGCUCCGUAUACGACCGUGCACUCCGUCCAGUCUCCACCAGCACUGUCAGCACAGCAGAGAAGAGGAGGUCUAUGAGGGACGACACCAUGUGGCAGCUGUAUGAGUGGCAACAGAGGCAGGCCUUCUCAAGGCAGAGUCUGGCCCAGCCAGCAGGUGUAGGUCAGUAUGGCACCCUACCCAGCACAAAGACCAUGACCAACAUCUCCGAACACACCAUGGCACAGUCCAUCCCCACCUCUCCAUCCCACGGCUCCCUGGCUCUAUACAGCACCUUCUCCCCUCCCCGCCAGCAGGUGUCUCACAACACCAGUAGUUCGCAUUCAGAGGUUUCCUCACCUGUCCUCAGAGGGGAUGUCACACUGGACCGCAGGCACAGGGCAAACCUAGCCAAGUACGGAUUAAACCCGGAACGUCGCUCCACAGCAGCCAGUGUUCCUCCCCAGAAUAUCACCGCACAGUCACUGCAGGGCAAGACGCCCGAGGAGCUGACCCUGCUGCUGAUCAAACUCCGCCGGCAGCAGGCGGAGCUCACCAGCCUGAGAGAACACACAGUAGCUCAGCUAAUGGCCCUUGGUUUGGAGGGGCCCAACGCCAAGACUGACGUUCUUUCUCACCACCUCCAGAGGAACCUUGUUUACCUGGACACCCAGACGAAGGAGAACGAGCCUCUAAUCUUCAUGAUUCACACUAUGAUCGAGAACUCGGCACCAAGGCCGCAACUCUACCAGCAAGUCAGUCCAGACGACUUCAGAGACGGAUCCUUCGUCCAGCACACAGACGAGGCCGACAUCGAUACCAAGCUGAGCAGACUGUGUGAGCAGGACAAGGCAGUGAAGAUGCAGGAGGAGAAGCUGCAGCAGCUGCACAGAGAGAAGCACACUCUGGAGACGGCCCUGUUGUCGGCCAGUCAGGAACUGAGUGAACAGAACGGCUCCAACACUGCAGCCACCCAGAGUCUGGUCCAACAGAGGGACGUUCUGCAGAGCGGUCUGCUUAGCACCUGCAGAGAGCUGUCCAGAGUCCACACUGAGCUAGAGCGUUCCUGGAGAGAGUACGACCGGCUGGAGGCUGACGUCACUCUGGCAAAGUCCAACCUGCUGGAACAGCUGGAAGCUCUGGGCAGCCCACAGACAGAACCUCCAAGUCAGCGGCACAUCCAGAUCCAGAAGGAGCUGUGGAGGAUCCAGGACGUGAUGGAAGCUCUGUCCAAAAACAAACCUCAGCGGAGCACAGACAGCGCAGGUCUUCCAGACUCCAAACCUCUGUCCAACCAGCAGAAUGAGGAAGUGACGCUGAUGCCGCUCAGUCUUCUCAAGGAGGGCAGUAGCGUGCCCCCCCGUCCACCCCUCCCCCAGUACUACGACUCCUCAGAGCGCCCCUCUCACGUGACCCCCCACCACUCACACCCUGGCAGCCGGCCCCACCACACCCAUCGUCCUGAAGAGCGUAAGGCCAGCUCCAGGAAUGGAGCGCACAGUCAGGCUCAGGACUAUCGUCUGUAUAAGAGCGAGCCUGAACUCACCACAGUGAAGGAGGAAGUGGACGAGGCGGGCGGUGAAGAUAAAGAUAAGACUGAGAUGGCUCCUGACAGGAAAGAUGUUGCAGCCUAUAAAGCGGCACCUCCCUACCCAGUGGGCAUUGUCCCUCCGAGGAGCAAAUCUCCCAUGAAUCCCCCGGAGUCCUCCACCAUCGCCUCCUACGUCACCCUGAGGAAGACCAAAAAGCCGGAAUCCAGAUGUGAUCGUCCCAGGAGUGCAGUGGAUCAGGUGGGAUUCGGGGAGCGAGAGGUCGGCAGAACCAGGAUGAGUGUGGAGGAGCAGCUGGAAAGGAUCAGGAGAAACCAGCAGGCUUCUUCACUUCGCGAGAAGAGAAGGGAAGCCCCCUCCCGCUCGCCAUCCUUCAGCAAAGACAACCCCUUUCUAAUUCUGCAGACUCGUGCACAGGCAGAGGGCUCCUGUCCAGACCUGAUGGAGCUGGAGGUGGCUCUGCAGCAGCUGAAGGAGUCUCAAAUGGAUCAGAGCAGGACAGCGGCAGAGACCUCAUCACAGGAGGUGCAGAGACCAGAGGAGGUGCAGCAGCAGGAGGACCAUCAGAAUGUAAAGCCUGAGACCGACAGCAUAGACAGUGAGCAGUGUGAAAGCCAGCGGGUGGUGAUCAUGGACCUUGGUACAGAGCCACAACGUGUGGAGAUUGUCAACUUUCAGCCUUUUGAGGACGAUGAAAGCAAAGAGCAGGAUCUAACCAGUUCCCCCACCAACACCACCACUGAAAACAGCUUUCAGACGGCGAGCCCCGAACCCAAGGAGGAAACGGAUCGAAACCAACACACGAGCCAAGAGGAGAACCUGGAAAAGAGCCUGGACUCAUAUAAACAUCUGACAACAGAAGACAAGAAACACAACAACAACCUGCUGCCAUCUCAGACGUUCACCCUGGUGAGCAGUGACAUGUGAUUGAUGCCGGGCUCCACACUCAUAACGGUAUCCUGUAGAGCCUACAUGUAGCCAGCCUGCACCGAGCAUGCUCCAUGCCUUCCUGCGUUUACAACAGAACUACUCUGACGCUACUGUUACACGCCCUCACAGAGACGGAGACUGAGAGGACGACGGCCUCGCUAACAGAUGGACCAACAGCCGGACCGGCAGCCAUCACAUCCAAAGAAAGGCAGAUGUACCUUAUCUGUAGUAGCCUAGCUGUUAGAGCUGUCCCCAGGCUGGACUGUGUGGACUCCUGCUGACCCUAAAACACGUCUGCAUAAAGACAGGCUGUGGAAUGGUUUGACAGAAGUCCCUCUGAGCCGGUCCAGACACAAUCAUCUGAAUGUUAAAGUACAGAAAAACUACCGACAUGUGUCCAUGUUUCCUUACUACUUCCUGUUUCCUGACUACUUCCUGUUUCCUGACUGCUUCCUGUUUCCUGACCAAUUCCUGUUUCCUGACUGCUUCCUGACUACUUCGUAACUGCUUCCCGAAAUCUUUCUGACAUCUCCCUGUUUUCUCACUACUUCCUGACUGCUUCCUGUUUCCUCACAGCUUCCUGUUUUGUGACUACUGUCUGGCUGCUUCCUGACUGUUUUGUGACUGCUUCCUGACUGUGGGAGUGAGAUGCUGAGCCUGCUCUGCCUGUCCAUCAUCUCUCUGUUAGCUGACAAACUCGUAGCUCGGUGAAAGCAACCCUGUUGGACACUUCUUAUUUUCCUGUUUGGGAUCAAGGUGAUGUUUAAAGGCUCAUCACACAACAUCACUGCCACGUUAAUGCUUCAUGUAGGAAAAUAACAGAGGCCUUUUUACUUAGUAAUAUUUCCUUUUUUGUUGGUUUAAGGGUUUAAGUCCAUAAGCUUCAUCAUCGUUAUUCCUUACAAUCAUUUAAACAUUGGGAACAGCUGUGGGCUGAACAGCAUCCAUAAUAGUCACAACAGGAAUGUCCAACACAAGCCCUUUGGUCUGAUGUCGGACAGGAAGGGGUCUGAGGUGGACUAGCUGUUGGGUGGUCUGGAUCAAAACGAGCAGUCACUGUUAUCAGUGUUCUUUACAAAUGUAUGAGCGUCAUGUUCAGAGGUUGUUGGGUUGUUGUGUUGGCCUGAUCCAAUUCUUUCUGUCAGACAACAGCAUUGGCUUGGCUUUGCAUCCUCCUCAUCCAUCAUUAUCCACACAGGCUCAGACUGGUUCUGUUCUGUCUGUCCAUAUUUAUGACACACAGUGUUUUUUUUCUCAAUAGAGAGAAAACUGUUUCUGGGAAGAGAAAAGUUAGAACUCUUAUUUCAACUCUAAUUCCAAACAAAGUUGGGACGCUGUCAUUUCCAAAUCUCAUCAACUCAUAUUUUAUCCAGAGUAGAAGAUCAACUUCAGAUCAGAGGAUGAAACUGAGACGUUUCACCAUGUGAUGGAAAAUAUGAGCUGAUAGUGAAUCUGAUGCAGCAACACGUCUGGAAAAAGUAGUUCCAGGGUGGUGUUCAGCAUCACCCUGCAUC